CAAAGGAAGUGUGAGUGUUGAAUAACCUCGAGAGCAUAGGCAUGAAUACAGAUAAAAGUGAUUUAAGUUUAGAGACGAUGCAGCUUUUACAGGAGAGGACGCCGCCUCAAAAUCCUGGAAUGGACGGGUCAGUGCUUCGGACGUCCCGGCGAAUUAGAGAGAAACAAAUUCAAAGGAAGAAACCAAUUUUAUCCCCAAAAUGUCUGACCUUUAGGGCUGAGAUGAAAAACACCAGAAGAGGCGUCAAAAGAAGGAUAAGUGACAGUGAAAAAGAAAAAAAAGUUGAGACGUCAGAAGCAGACCGUGAUCAUGAAUCUCUUCCAGGUUAUCGUGAAGGUUUGUCUGAAUACCAGCUGGAGCGACUGGAAAAUAUCAGAAAGAACCAGGCCUUCCUCAGUUCCCUUAAGCUGACUGAGAUUUCUGAAGCUCUGAGACCCAAGCCAAAGCCUACACAGAAAGGCCUGAAAAAAGACAAGAUACAAGCAGAGGUGCUCCCAGUUCGGAAGUCACUGCGGUUACAGAAUAAGGGUCCUCAGAGAACCACUCCUACAGAAUUUACCCUUCCUACAACCUAUGAGCCUGAAAAAGAAGCUAAACCACCAGGACCAAUUCCACUGGACCCCAUCAACUUGGACGAAGAUGCCACGUUACCCGAUGAGUUAUUAGAUGUCUGGAAUGAAGUUCCAUUAGAUCAAAACACAGAAACACCAGAUUUGAAAUCGUACGAAAGAAUGCUGAAGAAGUUAUCUAUUGAUGACAGUCGUGUUGUGAAAGUUGUGAAAGAACGAAUCUGUUCUGCAGCUUUUCACCCUUCCUCAAACUUGCUAAUGGCUGCAGGAGACAAAAGUGGCCACCUGGGACUCUGGAAGCCGGAUGCUGAAUGGGGUGAUGAUGGUGUAGUCUGCUUUGAACCCCACUCCCGUGCAAUUACUGCCGUGGCUUUCACAUCUCAGCCGUGCAAUCUCAUCACAGUGAGUUAUGAUGGCUCUGCACGCAGCAUGGACCUGGAGAAGGCUGUGUUUGAUGAGGUGUAUCGCUCAUCCUCUAGCUUGAAAGGUUUUGGCUUUUUGUCAAGUGACUGUUCCACCUUGCUGUUUGGUGAAUGGAAUGGAGGCGUUGCCAUUGUUGAUCGUAGAACUGGGAACUCGUAUGAAUCUCUUCAUGCCAUGACUGCAGCUCCUCUUCGCGGUGUUCAUGUCCACCCUGUGCAGCAGCAUUACUUUUUAGUAGCAGAGAGCAGUUUUGUGAACAUCUAUGACUUGCGGCAUCUGAAAAAAAGCAACAGUCCAGCAGUGUGUGAACUGUACGGUCACUGUCGCAGUUCUUCCAGUGCCUACUUCUCCCCGCUUUCAGGCAGCAGAGUCCUGACCACCUGCAUGGACGACUGCAUCAGGGUAUUUGACACUUCACGAAUAGCUGGCAGGAUUCCUGCACUAACAUCAAUCAAGCACAACAUGCAAACAGGCCGGUGGUUGUCCAGGCUGAGUGCCGUAUGGGACCCCAAGCACCAAGAAUGCUUUGUGAUUGGCACCAUGGACAGGCCUCGUAAAAUUAAGGUAUAUCACGAGAGCGGCCGCCUGCUCCACACUUUACAAAACACGGAGCACCUGACCACUGUGUGCUCCGUCACAGCAUUCCACCCUAGCAGGAAUGCUCUGCUUGGAGGCAAUGCAAGUGGGCGGCUGCACGUUUAUACUGACUGAUUUAUCAACUAGAAAAGAAUGAUUGCUUUACAUGAAUGUUGCUUCUCUACUUCUCUCUUCUUCUUUUAUUUACACACAGCACUGUUGUUUUAUAUUAAAUAUGCUGUUGUUUUUGUUCCUUUAACCUGAAAUGUGUCAUAUUAAA